AUGACCCUGCCGAGUGUUGUAGGAUUUUGCCUCAAAAAUUUUGCAAAGAUGUUUAACUCCCCUGUCUCCACCUUUUUUGACCACGUCCGCCAGUCGCACAAAGCAGGGCGCGUCAAACAUCAAAGAUGCUACGACAAUUCCACUCGCUUGUUCCCCUACCGCGGGGGCGUAGCCAUGAGUGGGGUGAAUGUGCAGAAUUUCGGUCGUGCUCACACACAAGGGCAUUUGGAGUUAUUGGGUCGCCACUGGGCUCAUUGUUUACGUUCCAAGAAAAUGGUUGCUUACCGAGCCCACAGACCGAUAAUCUUCCUGAUCACGUUUGUACUGUCACUCGCUGCCCCUCCGGCUGCCCAGCAGCCGAUUGUGCUUGGCGAUGACACACCGAAAGGCCACGUCGUUGCGGAAAACGUUUUAGGCAAUGCGAUGAGUAUCGUCCCAGGAAGUUCUGGUGGCACUGUGGCCUAUGCGCUGUUAAAAAGUCCCGUCAGCAGCUACUUCCGUGUGGAUGAGCGCACAGGAAUGUUGGUGACGCGACGGCCAGUAGACAGGGACACACUGUGUGUGGACUCUGGUCUCUGUUGUACUCGGAACACUCAAAACUCAUAUUUCAGCUCCAUUCGUCCUGUUGACAAUGGCGAAUUGGGUACAGUGUGUGCUCUCAGCCUCGAUGUUGCCGUUACCACGGGGCACAGAUACGACUCUGUCCCCUCCACACGGAAGGUCUUUGUGGAAGUCAAGGACGAAAAUGAUCAUGCGCCAGCGUUUGUGGUAAGUCAAGAACUUGACUCAACUGAUUAUCAUGCAUUUCUUGUUGGAGGUCGACCGAUUAUGUCUGAGAUCCGUCUGCUGGAUACGGUCCACUUUCAAGUUCUUAACAUCUCGGAGGCGGCCCGAGUAGGAGUUCACCGACUGGCAUUGCCUCUGGCCACAGACCAAGACGCUCCACCCUUCAACGUGCAGCAGUAUGUCCUGAAUUUCGGUGGAACUCAGCAUCUUUCGUCUUCCUCCACAUCUUCGCCUGAAAGGUACUUCAAACUGGAGGUUCAUAAACGCGAGCUCACCCCAAUGUCACACUUUGAGCUGGAAGCGCCCAUAACAGGUCUCGAUCUUCUGCUCGUAGCACCACUGGAUCGCGAGACUCGUCCAAUGUUCGAGUUUUGGAUUCUGGCCAUCGAUGGCGGUUCACCAACCCCAUUGACGGGAACUCUGUCUGUUCAAAUACGGGUGACUGAUGCCAAUGACCAUGAGCCAAGGUUCGAACGGUCUUCCUACGAGACGAGUGUGGAGGAGGGCCAUGUGGUGGAGGCUGUGCCCAUCCUCAAGGUGGUUGCGCACGAUCAUGAUGAGGGAGUGAACGCGCGCAUUCGCUACUCAUGGUGGCCCGACCACGAGCGUUUUGGCCCAGACGCGAAGCUACUGCUUGAUCACCAACGUCUCUUGACGGACGAGGAAAUUGCCACUACCUUCACCAGUCCCAUCUCACCCGAACGUCUCUCUCAAAUACAGGCACUGCCCACUUACUGGUUUCGCUUGAACGAGUGGACCGGUGAGAUUUUCAUUCACCGAGCGCUAGACUACGAAACUAAACGGGAAUUUGUUUUCGCUAUCGUUGCUACCAAUCCUAACGCCGAUGAUGCUGAUGGAAGUGGUGGUAGUACAACCAGGAAGUCUCUAAAAAAUUCAUCCUCCAUGACCGAAGUCACGAUUAAUGUGAUCAAUCUAAAUGACGAGAAGCCGCAAAUUAGCAUAGACUAUGUGAUCAACAGUGAAUCUGUGAAGCACAAGCGGGUGAUGGAGAACGGCUCACAGAAUCACUUCAUCGCUCUAAUCCGCGCCAUUGAUGCCGACGCGGGAACCACGAAGUUGACUCCACCAUCACUGGAGGAUCCAUACAUGGUCCAAAUGUCGGGAUUUCAGUUCGGUGCGAGUGGAGGGGGUGGAGUACGUCUCAACCGACCCGAUGUAUUGCACUCCGCUGCCGGGGGUCGCGUGACAUGCGAGCUCGGCAGCCACUCGGAGAACUACACCCUCACUCCCAGUGCUCAGAUCGGCGUCACAGUCGGGGGUAGUGAGUAUGUGCUACAGACUAAGACACCUCUUGACAGGGAGCGAGAACAGAGGCAAUGCGUCAUCAUUCGCUGCUUUGACGAUGGCUCUCCUCCCAAAACCUCAACCGCCACAGUGGAGGUUGAAAUAUUGGAUCAGAACGACUGCGUGCCCGAAGUGAAUAUCCGCGCACGAGUUCCCUCAACACAUCGAACUCACCGGUCGAAUGCCAUUCCACCGCUUCCGCGUAGUCGUCUUGCAGAUAUUCUCCAGAAGGCCAUCCCAGACUGGCCCAUGUCCCGAGGGUCGCCUUUUUCUGUACAUCCACUAGUGAACGCGUACGAGGGGGGUGUUCCAAUAGUUUUAGUAAGCGUGCCGGAAAACAGGCCGGCUGGUACGGUCGUGGCAUCGGUCCAAGGAGUUGAUCCUGACGCCGGUGAGAAUGGACGAGUGACUAUCCAGAUCUUGAAGGAGGAUCGUCGUUUGCCUCGUGUGGCACCUGGACCUCUUACAUCUGGUCAAAACCCUGGUCGAUAUCCCGAGGCCAAAAUCGAUCACAACUUGCCUCCAGUUAUCAUCCGAUCGGACAUCAAUUCAGCUGAUCUCUUUAAGGUGCAUACCUUACUACCGAAUUUGAAUCACCGUCAGGAUGAGAGUUUGGCCUCGGAAUGCUGGUGUCGUCUGCUUGACAAUUUGUGUUCUGUUUGCUCUUCACAGUUGGAGGCCAAUGGGGAUAUCACAACGAACAGGAUGAUCGAUCGGGAGCAGUCUUUACCAAUUCGAGACGAGCUUUACCUCUUUUUGGAGGCACGGGACUCGGGUCACCCCGUAGCUCUCACCUCCUAUGUCUUGUUAGCUGUGGAAAUCGAGGAUGAGAAUGAUAAUCCACCGACGUUCGUGUUACCGCAGCUCAACUUCCCCGUUCUUGAGAACGAACCCUCUCCGCAGCGCAUUGGCGAAAUUCUAGUUUACGACGCGGAUGCAGGGCCUCCUAGGGAAGGCUAUCACGAGGUUGUUUCUGACCCCCUCCUUCUGCGAGUUAGUGAACCACCCAAACACUUCAUAAAUCUUUUCAUUAAGUUUGGUCAUGGACCACCCGAUCUACCUUUCGUGAUUGAUUCCACACCAGAUGGGCGAUUCUACCUGAACGCCACUCGUUCCCUGGAUCGUGAGGUUGAUGAGAUGUUCCAAUUCCAUGUCCAUGCUUCGGAUUUCGGCAGACCCUCACAUCUGCGCCACACAUCCACUGCAAUCAUUACUGUCUCCGUGGUGGAUGUUAAUGAUAACCCACCGGAGAUCAUAUUCCCAAAACCUUCCACGGCAACUACUCAUAUCCACACUAUCUCUUACCUAGAGAUGCCGGAUACUGAGAUUCUUAGCAUCAACGCUAAUGACAAGGACUCUGAGGGGGAGAAUGGGAAGUUUCUGUUUGAAUUGGGUCCAGUGUUGUCGUCGUUUUUAGAUGCAGACACCUCUAGAUUGGCCAGGACGGCAUUGGAUGGAGAUCUAUUUAAGCUAGACGCAGUGAAAGGCCUCUUGAAGACCCAGCGCCGAAUGACUGAGGCAGAUUUAGGCGAACACUGGUUGCAGCUCAUAGUUCGAGAUCUUGGGAGUCCACCACUGGAGACCCGGCAAAUAAUCCGUUUGGCUGUUGAUCGUUCGCCCCCACAAUUCGCUUCUAACAUUCGCGCACGAAUACCUCCCGAACAACGAACAUCACCUCCGGUGAAUUAUUUGGGAAACUCUGUCGUGGAUUCCCCGCAUCGGCAUCCAGGUGACUGGAAUGGCGGUGAACGAAGUAUUUCCGAUGUCAUGAUGGUGGUUAUUAUUGCCUUGAUGAUAGCUGGCCUUAUUGUGCUCAUUAUGCUCUGCUUCUACUUGAGACAUCGACAGAAGUUGUUCUUCUGUCUUCCGGAUGUAUGCGCCUUGUUUCAGAAGCCUUACUCCUCCUCUAAUCCCUAUUGUAAUCCCAAGUGUGUCGACGGGUUGAACAAGACAAAUGAAAUCAAUCAGAAGGGAGCCAAGGAAGGGACUUUCCAAGGUCGCGUUUGGACACCACGUCCUCCUUCACCACUAUCUGGUGGUGAGUUCGUUGCCACCAGUUCAAAGUGUCUUCCAAGUGGUGGUGGAGCGUUUGUCUCCAUUGCUAGCGGGACUUCCCGGCGCCACAUUAAUGGGAUUCAAUCGGCGGUCACUGGUGUGUCUGACUUCUUUGACAAAUCACCGAAGCUCUACACAGACUGCUACCAUGCAAAUAUCUCAAGAAGCCAGACAGCAUCCCAGUCCUCCCGACUUGUUCCGAUUCCUGUGGGGACCCUCAAACCCAUAAUUUCACCAAAUGAAGAAUUCCCUUCGCCGAAGUCUAACUUCUACAACUCAGCAAUAAUGAGCGUUCAGUCGACUGUUAUUUCUCCCAUUCAUCGAUCCAAUCUUAUCACCUCUUCCGGUCGAUACGGUGAACCUCUUCCUUUCUCAUCCUUCUAUGUUCAACCAGACGGUGUCAUAAAUCCCCAUCAUUGUCGGUCCUCUGCACCCGUAACACAUACUGGUGCAGUCACCACAAUGGUUUGCUACACAGACGGUCGUCAACAGCAUUCACAUAAGUCAAAGGUGGCCCCCACGCAGUGCAGCUGCGAUCUACUCGCUUUCUCUAACAGUCUCGGCCGCGGCCGCUAUUCCCACAAAUCGGCGCACUACAAGUCAGAGCCCACCCUUACAGCAUGUGAUGACCUUGAAGACGACGACGCAGAUGACCCUAACGAGGCACUUGUCCCCAUGUGCAACGGAGCGCGCUCAGAAGACUAUCUCGGCGACGUGGCUCUAGGGCAUCGUGGUCACUUCCCCUCACUGGUGCCGGUCGAUCAGAAGAUAAGUAUCUCCCCACUGGCGCAACGGCAGCACCAGCAGCAGUCACUUGAGAACUAUGCGGUCUCUUUUCCCAAACCUCAAGCCAGCUACGUUUAG